GUUGAGGUUCGCCGCUGUUGAUAGUGUAGUUUGGAGUCACCAAGACUCAGAAGUGAAUAUAGCAGGGAGAAACACAUCUCCCCGAAACAGUUAUUUUCACUUUUAUUACUUUAUGACAUCCGUGUAAAUAGGUUAUUUUUUUCCCCAUUUUUUAAAAUAUAUAUAUAUAUAUAAAUAACAAGGACAUGGAACUUAAUUCUCUUCUCAUUCUGCUGGAGGCUGCAGAGUAUUUGGAAAGAAGAGACAGAGAGGCGGAACAUGGUUAUGCGUCUGUUUUGCCGUUCAGUAGCGACUUUUCCCGAAAGAAAACGAAAGCAUCGCCAAUUUCCAGAAAAACUCAGAACAAUAGGUCGUCGCACAACGAGCUAGAGAAACACAGACGUGCGAAACUACGGCUGUACUUGGAGCAGCUGAAGAAGCUGGUGCCUUUGGGUCCAGACAGCACCAGACACACCACACUGAGCUUACUGAAAAGGGCCAAGAUGCACAUCAAGAAGCUUGAGGAGCAGGACAGGAAGGCUCUGAAUGUGAAGGAGCAGCUGCAGAGAGAGCACCGCUACCUCAAACGCCGCCUGGAGCAGCUCUCGGUGUCAGGCUCCGUUGAGCGCAUCCGCACUGACAGCAUGGGCUCCACCAUCUCCACCGACUCUGAGCAAGAGGUGGACAUCGAGGGCGUGGAGUUCACUCCCGGUGAGGCGGACAGUGUGGACAGCAUCAGCGACGGCGAGGAAGAGGACCACUACAGCCUCCAGAGCAGCUCCAGCGACACCAGCUACACAGCCACACAUUCCCACAGACUGCAGCCGCACCACUGUUAGACACCAGCUUCCCAGCCCAUGCCUUCCCUCCGCUCACCUUACCUUCCCUGACCGCUUUGCCAUCGCCAACACACCGCCACACACUACCGACAUCAGACCGGUCCACGAAGGCGGUACACCCUGAACAAGUUCCUCCUUUCCUGGCCCCCGGGUCUCCAGGAAGCACAUGGGGCUGAAAUGCCACUCAAGCCUUCCUGAAUCAAACUACCCACCCCUCCCACCUCCAAUCCCUGACCACUGACCCUACCUCACCCAACUGUAUCCUGCCUGACCCCGCCCCUCCUUACAUGCCCUGCCCUCACCAGCCCUACCUAGUGUUGCCGCAGGCUCAGACAAGAGCAGAGUUAGUGGUUUUUAUGGGGGAUGUCUGUGGUGUGGUGGUCAGCUUUGAUUUGUUGAUCAGGAUUUUCUGUUGUGCUUUUUGUGUAUGUGCUUGUGCAGGAGAGAAAGAAAAAAAACAAGCAAGGUCGUUUGAGAGAGGUACAGGUUGGCAAUAAUUCACAGACGAGGCUUUGCACUAGGUUUGUGACGUUAAUGCCAAAGUUCUACUGCUUGUUCUGCGUUAUGUGCCACAUCAGCACCUCUCAAACAGUCACACAUCGUCCCUUUACACAAAGAGAUCUACACGAGUUGCUAAUGCAGAGUUUCUGCUUAUUUCCAAAAAAAAAUAUCAUUGGACUGCUAAAGAAACGCUUUAAGGAACUUUUUGAUUUAACUUGUCGAUGGUCGACAUGAGAAAAAGCAGCCAGUUAGCGUAGUUUAGCAUAAAGCCUGAAAAUGAGGGGACACAAAAGGGACUGUUAAAAACUAUUUAUCUGCUAACAGCACUUCUGCAGCUCUUGUUUGAACUCAAGUGUAAAACAUUAAGUUUACA